AUGCCCCCUCACGAUUACAAUAUUCCAGACCCACCGCUAGCUAUUCCUUCUGGCCUCGCGGAAAACUUCGUUGCUAGGCUGAAUCCUGUCACAAAUCAAUUCAGGAUUCAAUCUCGUCGAUUCGGCCUAGACUCACAGCUCAAUUACGCCUCCAUGGAUGAUCCGCCCACUGAACAGAGGGAUCUGAAACUUGGUCCCCCUAGUCGAUGGCCAGAUUGGCAUCCUCUAUUUCACAAACAUGGACUUAACACAGCAUACCGAACAGAAUCUCAGAUGCCCUCGGGUCGCCUGGAUACUGAUUAUAUCAUCCAUCCUGUCCUGAUGGAGGAUAUGUGGCACGGACUUCAGCCUGGUGAAUACACGCUCAUGGAGCCCGCAUUACGUCUAGCAUCGGCUAUCUUGGACGACCCUGACACUUCGUGCUUCUUUGCCGGACUCACUGUUCCAAGCCGCUCGGUGCCGUGGCUUCAUGUUCCAUACAUCGGGAAAUGUGCCGCCUUCAGACCUAGCGAUCCCCUUGACCAUGUCGCCCAGACAGCGGUGUAUGAGAGGUUGACAAAUAUGCGCAGUUAUAUGGUCUGGUCAAUGCAAGACAUCAAGACAGUGGCGAGCGACUUCGAAGCUUUUGGGGUCAAUGUGCCUUGGUCUGACAAUGAGAACAAAGUGGCGCUUGGUGCCAACGGAGUUGGAACUCGAUCCUCCGUGAUCUACAUCAGUAGAGGUUACACAGACGCAAUGCGAAUGUUUUUGGACAACCAUCCUACGCAACCUAAAAUCGGAAGAUAUAUCAACGACACACAGUAUCUUGCUGGGAUUCCUCUUGAAGACAACAUUCACCUCGAUGAACACUCGGCGAUUACUCGUAGCACACUUCUUUUUGCAGACACUCUCAUCCACGAAUUUGCACAUGCAGUCUGCGGUGCCUAUUUCGAGGUUUCGGCUAUGGCUAUACCAGGUGAUGUACCAUACAACCACAUUUUCGAGCCCUUCUUCGCUGGCGAUCGUUCCAAUGAAGUCGGUCAUGCCAUCUCGUCUUAUAUAUGGCGCGGCAAUCCUGCAGCCAUGAUGUACUGUAGGGUACCUAAGAGCUUGUCGUCGCGUUGGAUGCAACAGCACAUUGGUCCUCUCGGACUCUACUGA